AUGAAAUGGCCAUCACAAAGGCAAAUGAUGGGACAAAACAAGAUGAAGGAUCCAUUGAUUCGGCAUCACGACACAGAGUUCUGGAAGCGAUGGAUGAAGAUAAGUCCGCCGCAGAGGAAGCAAAAAAUGGCAAAAUCUCGGGAGACCAUGAGGCAGGACAUAGACGACCAGUCACCUCAUAACAAUGAGUCUACUAUAAACGGCAAGCCAACUCCCAUAAACCAGCUUACUCAAACUGACAGGCUAAUUCCCAACGGCAAACCUUCUCCAAGUGGCGAGCCGUUUACAAAUACUGAGCCCGUUUCAUGCGGCGAAUCUUCUUCCAUUAUGAAUAAUUUAAUUGGCUAG